AUGUGCCGAACACAUAGCAUUUUGGCAAUAGAGACCAGUUGCGAUGACACCUCUGUUGCGGUGAUAAACUCGGCAAAAGUUCUCUUCCACGAAACGAUAAGACAAGAUGGCAUUCACCAACCAUACAGAGGCAUUGUCCCCAGUCUUGCUGCGGCCGCGCACAGAAAAAAUCUUCCGCUUCUUUUAAAGAAAGCUUUUGAUCAUCUGGAUGGGGCGGGCAUUGAUUUUGUUGCUGCAACGCGUGGGCCAGGCAUUGGCUCGUCCCUUUCUGUUGGUUGGAGCACUGCUGUUUCUAUUUCGCUAGCUUUGAAUCGCCCACUUAUUUCCACUCAUCACAUGGAGGGACAUUUAUUGAUGCCUUUUUUUGAUAACCAGAUACCUAUUCCACCUUUCCCCUUUUUAACCCUUCUGGUGUCCGGGGGUCAUACCAUGUGGGUGGACGUUGCCGAUAUUGGAAAGUAUGCAAUCUUAGGAACCACUUUAGAUGACUCUAUUGGCGAUGCCUUUGACAAAGGGGGGCGAUAUCUCGGCCUGCGUUGGGAAAAGGGGUCCUCAUAUGGUGCCGCACUUGAGCAAGCUGCUUUGCUUGUCACCAACCUUCAAGCGUACGACUUCCCGCAUCCACUUUGCAGGGUAAAAAGUGCCGAUUUUUCCUUUUCUGGUCUAAAAUCUGCCCUCUCCAGGGUCAGUAUUAAGGACAACAAAGAUAUUCCGAACCUGGCAUAUUCGUACCAAACAGCAAUCAUAAGACAUGUUUUGGAAAGAAUGAGGCACAUUCCCUCUCUUCACGAGAAAUAUUCGGCGCUCAUCAUAAGCGGCGGCGUAGCAAGAAAUGCCAGUCUUGUGCAGGCUAUUAGCAAAAAGGCGGCCCCAUUGCCGAUCAUUGUCCCUGCCUCAGAAUUUUGCACAGACAAUUCCUUGAUGAUUGCAAAUGCUGCAUUGAUACGAAUCUGUAGGAAAAAACAGCAAAUUGUAAAUAUGGAGGAGGGCACUGCUCACGAAUAUUAUCCCAUAUGGGAUUUGGAUAAAAUUUAA